AUUUGUGCUCCCUGUUCCCUCUCCUUCACCACCACCAUCACCCCCGCAGCUUUGCCUUGCCUCUUCUUCUUCUUCAUUCUCUUUUUCCUCCCUGGAUUUGGGCGACAAUGUCGAGAAAAGCUAGAGGAGAGAGACGGCCAAAGCAAAGCAGCCAGCGCGAGCUGUUGGUGAGGGAAAGAGCAACAGAAUAGAGAGAGAAAAAAUAAAAGAGCUCCAAAAGGAGAGAGAGAGAGCACAAACAAGAAGCCUCACCGAGGUUUCUCUCUCCUCCACCACCCCCUUUUCUCUCACCUGCGCACAAGCAUUCCGUUCCUCUGCCACCCCAUGUCCUAGCUCGCACAGCUCCCAUUGUAUCUACCAUCUCAGGACUCCUCCUGCGAGGCUACAAGUAGUAGGUCUAUGGUACUGACGAAUCCCAGCUCCUGCGUCCUAGAGGCUAAGGUGGCGGGGAGGGCGGCGGCAGCUGCAUUGCCGGCGGAAGAGAUUCUCGGGUUGUUCUGUGAGCUCUCGCUGGUUGCAGGGUUGGUGAUUCCGCCGCCGGAAAAAUCCAAUCUUGGCGCGGCUCGUGGCGGCCGGCCGGCUGGUUGGUUGGGCCUUGUCCGUGGCUAAUCUGGUCAGGUAUCCGAGGAUCCCGGGUGGAAGCCCCGCCUCUGUUGAGGAUUGGAUCCUGGAUUUCAGGUCUCCUGCUGCAAGGAUCACGGCUUGGGGGCGGCGGCGGCGGGGUGACAGACCCCUCUUGCUGCCUGCGGCCUGCAGAGCAGGAGCUAUGACACAAUGACAGAGGAGAGCGCCAAGAAGAGCAAGCUUUCAUGGUCCAAGUCCCUCGUGAGGAAGUGGUUCAACAUCCGGCCCAAGGUGCAGGACUUCCAUGCUGAUUCUGACGCCGGCCAGGGAAGGGAUGGAGGUGCUGGACCAUGGAGGCCCAGCUGCUCCGCGGGCGAAGCAAGUGCAAGCAUGGCCAAGAAAAGCAGAACUGACCGGUCAUCGUUCAAGCAGAGUGCCGAACACGCUCGCCGAGGCAAGAAUAAUUUCGAUAUAGCACGCCUGACUGAAGUCCAAGAUUACAGGAUCUUUGCUGCAACAUGGAAUGUCGGUGGUAAGUCACCACCAAGGGGGCUGAAUCUAGAUGAAUGGCUUCAUACUUCUCCUCCUGCUGAUAUUUAUGUACUAGGGUUUCAGGAGAUUGUCCCCUUGAAUGCUGGAAAUGUUCUUGGCACUGAAGAUAACCUUCCAGCCAAGAAAUGGGUGUCCCUUAUCAGGCGGACACUGAACAAGAAUCCUGGAGCUAGUGGUUGCGGUGGCUAUCAUACCCCUUCACCAGUCCUGAAUCCAGUUGUAGAAUUAGAUGCUGAUUUUGAGGGGUCUGCGAGGAGGCAGGAGAAUUUCCCUUUCUUCCACCGGCGCUCAUUCCACAACCUCAGCCGUAGUUUAAGAAUGGAUGGGGACUACAUGUUCCCGCAACCAAGACUGGAUCGCAGGUUUAGCGUUUGCGAUCCAGUCAACAUGGGAGGCAGACCUAGUGAUUUUGAUGGAAAUUUGCAAUGCCCUGGAUUGCCUGAUGAGAACAUAGAUAUGGAAGUGAGCAAUGCUGCACAAUUUUCGCCGUUCCCGCAUAGCUACACUGCAUCUGCACCUUCCGAACAAAAUGAUGAGCAAUCAAGCAGCCCUAGGUAUUGUUUGGUUGCCAGCAAACAGAUGGUUGGUAUAUUUCUCACAGUUUGGGUACGCAAUGAAAUAAGAGACAAUGUGAGAAACUUGAAAGUUUCUUGUGUCGGCAGAGGAUUGAUGGGCUAUCUUGGAAAUAAGGGUUCAAUUUCAAUAAGCAUGUCUUUGCACCAGACAAGCUUCUGCUUCAUCUGUUGUCAUUUGACCUCAGGGGAAAAGGAAGGCGAUGAACUGCGCAGGAAUUCCGAUGUUCUGGAAAUUUUAAAGAAGACCAGGUUCCCACGGGUUCGUGGUGCCGGUGAUGUUAAGUCACCUGAAACAAUUCUUGAGCAUGAUCGUAUUAUUUGGCUUGGGGAUUUGAAUUACCGGAUUGCCCUGUCGUACUGUUCGGCAAAAGCUCUUGUGGAAAUGCACAACUGGAAGCAAUUAUUGGAGAAAGAUCAGCUCCGCAUGCAGCAAAGGUAUGGACGAGUUUUCCAGGGUUGGAAAGAAGGGAGGAUCUAUUUCCCUCCCACAUACAAGUAUUCAUUCAACUCAGAUCGGUACGCUGGAGAGGGCAUGCACCCCAAAGAAAAGAGGAGAACACCAGCAUGGUGUGAUCGCAUUCUCUGGUAUGGUAACGGCCUCAAUCAGCUGUCUUAUGUUCGCGGAGAGUCUCGUUUCUCCGACCACAGGCCGGUGUACAGUAUUUUCUUGGCAGAGGUUGACAUUGUACACCAAAGGAGGAGAAACAUGGGCUAUUUCAGUUCUAGAAUUGAGGUGGAAGAGCUCUUGCCACAUUCUCAGAGCUACAGAGAAAUAAAAUUUUACUGAGUUGACUUAUAGCAUGAUGUAAGGUUAGGAGGCUGGUCAAAUGUUCUAUAUGUAGGGUUGCAGAUUCAGCUCACUAGACGAUCAGAUAUACUGAAGAAAGAAUGUGCAAAUACUAACAUAAAAGGACAUUGGGCAAUUUUGCUGCGUGCCACUGGAAGACGACGCUUGUGUUGUUGGAAAAGAAUCAAGCCCAUGUCACUAACUAUACCGUCCAUCCAACUUUAGGCUCUUAGUUCCUUCUAGCAAAAUAUUUGGUUCAAACUUGUUUCGUCCUCCGUUUUUUAGUUGGACCUUGUAGCAUCAACAAAGACCAAAUGUUAUUUUCUUCCCUUUCUUUUCUUAUUUUGAGCAUAGAAACUUUGUAAAACCCACAAGUGUAUCCCAUGCAAGCUGUGGAAUUGUUUUAAGGCAACGAUGCCGGGAAUUAGCUUUA